UCUUGUUUGGCGAUUCCAAUCUUCUUGGCUAUCCUCAUCUCAAGAAUGACUUCCGGUAAAGUGAUAGACUUCCCACGCCUGCCCCACAUCCUCCCACCGUCAACCUCUUCCUCACACUCCUCCUUCACUACGACCCUGCUUCCACUUCCUUCCUUUGCCAGUUUUGCCGCCCGCCUCCUUGUCCCACCACCCCCUCGGCCUAUCUCAUUCUCCUCUUACUAUACCCUCCUCUGUUCCUCUUAUCUUCCUCACCCGACGCGUGACCAGGCUCGGGCGGGGGAAGGGCAUCGCUAGUAGGCCGCAUCGUCGACAAAGCAAUUCCGCGUCGGCAAUGGGGAGAAUUCGAGGUAUGAGAAUCACUGAGCUCCCUCCGUCAAUAAGCAAUCUCCUCCAGCGAGUCGACAACCCUGUAAUAUUUUCUCCUCAUCCCGCCUUAGAUCCGCGCUACCGAUCCCUGGCCGGGCUCUCCCUCCCUGCACAUCGAUGGGUCGUGUGGGCGCCAGUGCGGUCGAAGGAUGCGAUGGCAAUGCCUCGGAUGUCAAGAUCAAAGGGUUGACGUUGUUGAGCUUCAGAAAUCGGAUAAAUUCAUGGGAAGCGAUGGUCUCGACCAGCGGAGAGAAAGAACCAGUUCAAGGGGAGCGCAGGCCGAUGAAAGAAGGGAGCAAGAUG